AUGCCCGACGCCCCGCACAAUCGACUCGACAUCCCGCGACUGCUCGACCAGAGCACCGUGGGGCACGUGCAUUAUCUGCCGGAAACCGAUUCCACCAACGAGGUUGCGCUGCAGCGGGCGGCCCAGAUCCCGCCCGAGGCGUCGGAGUUGGUGCUCACCAGCCGUCAGCUGCGGGGCAAGGGCCGGGGGGACAACCGCUGGUGGGCCAGCGAGGGGGCGCUGACGUUUUCACUGAUUACGCCACGGCUGCCGCUGCCGCGGGAGCGGACGCCCUGCCUGUCGCUCGCCACGGGGCUGGCGAUCUGCCAGGCGGUCGAACAAGCGGCGCCGGCCGCCGAAACACGGCUCAAGUGGCCCAACGACGUCUACCUGCAGGGACGCAAGGCCGCCGGGAUCCUGAUCGAGUCGCCCGGGCACACGGCCGAUAGGUUUGUGGUGGGCGUGGGGCUGAACGUCAACAACUCGUUUGAGGCGGCGGCGGCGGAGAUCCGCGGCCGGGCGAUCAGCCUGGCGGACGUCACCGGCGGCCCGCUGGGCCUGACGGACGUGCUGAUCGACUGCCUGCGACAAUUUGACGCCUGCCUCGCGAUGCUGCUGGCCGGCGACCCGCGCCUGGCGGAGCUGUGGGAUUCGUGGUCGUUGCUGUCAGGCCGCCGCGUGCGGCUGGCCCUGCCGGCCGAGGUGGUUGAGGGCGUUUGCCGCGGGAUCGCCGACGAUGGGGCCCUGCGGAUUGAGCAGCCGAGCGGCGAGCGGGCCUGCUACGGCGGCGUGGUGGAGUGGUUUGAGCCGACCAGGGAGGGAAGUCGUAACGUGGAAAUCUUCUACAAGUUCCUCGAGACCACCGCGUUUGCCCAGCUCACGCUCGGCAACGCGAUGAUGAUCCUGAUCGGGCUCGUGUUCAUCGCGCUGGCGAUCAUCAAGGACUACGAGCCGCUGCUGCUGCUGCCGAUCGGCUUCGGGGCGAUCGUGGGCAACAUCCCCACCGACCCCAGCAUGGGGCUGAGCGUUUACGACUCCGGCAGCGUGCUGAGCUACAUCUACUUCGGCGUCAGCCAGGGCAUCUUCCCCCCGCUGAUCUUCCUGGGGAUCGGCGCGAUGACCGACUUCUCCACCAUGCUGUCCAACCCCAAGCUGGUGCUGCUGGGCGCCGCGGCGCAGAUGGGCAUCUUCCUGACGCUGCUGGGCGCCAUGUGGCUGGGGUUCACGCCCAAGGAAGCAGGCGCCAUCGGCAUCAUCGGCGGCGCCGACGGGCCCACGGCUAUCUUCCUGGCGGCCAUCCUGGCGCCCGAGCUGCUCGGCGCCAUCGCGAUCGCGGCCUACAGCUACAUGGCGUUGGUGCCGGUGAUCCAGCCGCCCAUCAUGAAGCUGCUCACGACGCGCGAAGAGCGUCUGAUCCAGAUGAAGCCGCCCCGGCACGUGUCGAAGAGAGAGCGGAUCAUCUUCCCGAUCGCCGCCUUCCUGAUCUGCACGUUCAUCGCUCCGGGCGCGCUGGUCCUGAUCGGCAUGCUGUUCCUCGGCAACCUGUUGAAGGAGAGCACGGUCACCGAGCGGCUGGCCAACACGGCCCGCACCGCGAUGAUUGACAUCGUGACCAUCCUGCUGGGGUUCUCGGUCGGCGCAAGCACCAAGGCGCAGAAUUUCCUGACGGAGCAGUCGCUGCAGAUCUUCGGCCUGGGGGCGUUGUCGUUCGCGAUCGCCACGGCCAGCGGCGUGCUGUUCGCCAAGCUGAUGAACCUGUUCCUGACGCACAAGAUCAACCCGCUGGUCGGCGCCGCCGGCGUGUCGGCGGUGCCGGACUCGGCCCGCGUGGUGCAGAUGGUCGGCCAGAAGGAGGACCCGCACAACUUCCUGCUGAUGCACGCCAUGGCGCCCAACGUGGCCGGCGUGAUCGGCUCGGCGGUGGCGGCGGGCGUGCUGUGGUCGGUGCUGGCGGGCUGA